AUGAAUCACAGCUGCUAUGUGUCUGAAUGGGUCGUCCUGAGGUCUUUAAGAGGAGACCGGUCCACAGCCUUGUAUUGCAUUCCCUCACUCUUCUACAACUUACAACAGCUGCAGGCUUGUUCUCACAACAACAGCAAAAAAAUGUCUCGUCUGGAGCAGAUCAUCACAACCAUGGUGGAAGUCUUCAUGGAGUACGCUGCUGAAGAAGAAGGAGGCAAGAAGGGGCAGCUGAGCACAAACGAGCUCAAAUUAUUGUUGGAGAAAGAGAUACAGAGUCAAGAUUUUAAGGACAAGAUCAAUGCAGAGGACAUAGAAGAGGCCAUGGGUAAGCUGGACAAGAACCACGAUGGAGAGAUCAACUUCAGAGAGUUUACCACAUGUAUAAGUAUGUUGGCCAAAUGUUACUUCCAUAAGAAAACAGGCAGAGGAGGCAGGAAAGGCAAGGGCAAAGUCCACCGCCUCGCCUAUCCUCACACACUCCUGCACCAAGCAACAGCUACAGUCAUGCAGUCCGGACAAGAAGAGUUGGGGGAAGUCCUCAUGUCUGCCCUCCUCAUCAAUAAGACCUUUUUGGAUAACGCAACUAAUGGCGCUAUCUCCAAAGAUAAAGCCAUGAAACUUCUCCGUAAAGAGAUGGGAAACCAAGCAAAGAACGACGAAGUGGAAAAGUUGUUCAACACUCUGGACACUGACAAGAGUGGUGCACUCGACUUUGAAGAGUUUAUGAGGCUUGUCGGCUUAACCGCUCGGAUGUUUCAUGAAAUGAUGAAAGCUUAA